ACGAUUUUGAGUGGGGUGGUCUUGUGAUCACACAGCAAAAGCUGGUUAGUGUUUCUUUGCUAAGUGAAUGUGCGCCCGCGCCACAAAAACAAGAGGAACGAAGGAAUCAUGCGGAUUUUAAUAUCACUUGCAAUAUUGGUGGGAGUGGCAUGGUGUUUCGAGGAGGAUAAUUGGCAACCCAUUGCACCAGAACCACGCGUUUACGCAAGCCUGACGCCAAAUGACAGAUCUAUCGAGCGAAGCCCCCAGUUGAAAAUUUUGAACAGAAGACCGGUUUUCAGCAACGUCCAAUCGUUCGAAACAAACAAAGUGUCGAGCCCUUACAACGUAGCUCCUACAAACGAUGCUGAUACCUGCAGCGUCUACAAGGUGUCCAUGAAUCAGGAACUAUUCUAUCAGUACCUCGAAUACGAUUCAAUGAUUCCAGAUCUUAAGGAGUUCACACUGUGCAUGUGGGCCAAGUUCCACAACCAUUCGUCUGACCAUCCUUUAUUUUCGUAUGCAGUCGAAGGCAAUCCUAAAGAGAUUUCUGCUUGGAUCUCAAACACUGGAGAGGCAAGCUACUUCAGCAUGGCUGUACAUGGCCAAACAUUUUUCCGACUCAACUACCCCAUAAAGUUAAACACGUGGUAUCAUAGCUGUCAGUCAUGGAACGGCAGAACUGGAGAGUGGCAAAUAUGGAUUAACACCGAGAGAGUCGGUAGAGGAUUCCAUAAUAGGCUUGUGGGACACAUUAUUAAGGGUGGAGGCAAAGUUAUAAGUGGACAAGAACAAUCACUACUCUAUAAAAGUGAUGGUUUGGAAUCGGUAAAGAGUCAAUCUGGUUUAGUCGGAGAAAUAACAAUGCUACAGCUAUAUCACGUUGCAUUGACAGCUGGUAAAGCACACAGAGACCACAAACAUCAUCACGCUCAUCGCUUUACCCACGAUGGCUCCAUCAUAGAAACAGCUUCAGAGUUUGCCACUGAACCUCCACCACCAGAACCUACUCCGUUAGGCAAUGGCCAUUUCUUAAUUGGUGGACAGUUGCAGAAACCUUCCCACAUCAAUGUCGCAAUGCCACCUCAAUCCAAUAUGUUAACAGCACAGAUUCCAAACGACCUUCAAAUUCAACAAGAUUUAGUUAACAAAUAUCAGUUAGUAAAUGGUAUAACCCAAAUUCCUUUGAACCAUAUCGGAAACAGACCGCAGAAUUUACCCCUAAGUGGGCUACAUCUUAAUAUACAACGAUAUCCUAACAGACCGUUUGGUCAAGGGAAAGGAACGAGUGUUUCAUUAUCAGGUUCACUAUUGAAUCCCGCUAAUGUCCAAUAUAUUGACGAUACAGUUUCCCGUAACUUAUUCAAAAGGAAUUCAAAUAAACGUGAUAAAAGAGAUAAUCCUGAAAAGGAACUAGCAGAGGAAAUCAAUUCAGGUAAAAAGGAUAAACGCGGACUCGUAGCACUAUCCGAUGGAUCGAUAAUAGAUGAAGCUUUGCUGAGUCCUGAUCUCAUCGAUGAUAAUAAAGCUGAUGAAGUUUUAUUCCAACAGUCGCUGUUAAGCGGUUUAGCAGGUGUUGUUGGAAAUUUGCCAGUGCAAAAUCUUCAAAAGAUGACCGUGGAUGAGAGAGAGCCAGCUGAAGCAGAAGUCAAAGCAGUCAUGAAAGUUUGUAGUGGGUGCACACCGGAACCGUUCAAAAAGGUUCUCGUGCUUUCGUGGAGGUCGACACCCAAGAAAUUAUACAGCGGAGCGCAUUAUUACAAAGGACUACCUAUAUGUAAAGCGUUCUAAAUUUUUACAAGGUUAUAAAUAAUUAUAUCGUAAAGUUUGAACAACACACUCCAGUUAAAAUAUUUUAUUAAUAUUCUGGGAUGUAGAUAUUCUUGAGGUUACAAUUCAAUACCGGCUUGCCAUUUAUAACCAUAAUUUAUUUUAGGUUUAGAAGAUUUAUGUUAAAUUAAUAAGCUUGUUAUUUUUCUUAAGAAGUUAUUAACAUUGUUUCUAAAAUUUCCUAGUAAUAUAAAUAAAAAAUAA